AUGGGAUCGUUAACAUCAUUGUGCACGGCUGGUGAUAUGGCAAUUAAUUGGAGAAAAUUCAAGAGACAGUUUCUUACAUUUGUCAAUGCUUAUUACGAGGAGGCAACAGAAAGUAGAAAAGUAGCCAUAUUACUACAUUCGGCGGGGGAGGAUGCUGCGGAAGUGUUUGAAUCUUUUCAACUAAAUGACGAAGAUAAAAAGAAGCUAGAGAUAGUACUGAGAAAAUUCAAUGAACAUUAUUUACCAGCAACAAAUGUGACAUAUCAACGAUAUCUCUUGUUUAAUCGACGACAAGAAGAAGGGGAAGCAUAUGAACAUUAUAUGACUGCUUUGAAAAAUAUAAGUCUAACAUGUGAAUUAAGAGAAUUAAGAGACAGUUUAGUUAAAGAUGCAUUCAUCAGUGGAAUACGAGACAAGAAGAUCCAAGAAAAACUACUCAAUACGAUUGAUAUUGAUAUUAACAGAGCUCUUCAGAUUUGUCGAACACAUGUGACAGUAGCUGGUCAAGUUCAAAAUAUCAAAACUUUAGAUGAUAAAGAAGAGGCAAGCCUGGCAAUCAAACAAGAAGCAAAUAUAGAAGUGCUAAAGAAGAGUAAAGGAAGAGAUACAGGGGAGACCAGAAUUGAUAUGAAAAACAAGUCAAGAGGUAAUAUCAAUCAACAAAAGAAGAUCGAGUGCAAAUACUGUGGCUACAAACAUUGGUAUGGAAGAUGUCCAGCGUUUGGAAAAGAAUGCUCAAAAUGUAACAAGCGUAAUCACUUUGCUAAAGUGUGCCAAGCAGAGAAGAAGAGACCGGUGGAUACUAUAGAAGAAAGAAAUUUGGAGGAAGACGAAGACAUAGAGUACAUGGUCGAGGAGCUUCAAGUCUCAGCUGUUUGCGAUACAAAACAAAGCUCCAAGGAGUGGUAUAUUGUAAGUUUAUUAGUUAAAGGACAAAAAGUAGAAUUUAAAUGCGAUUCUGGUGCGCAGGUUAAUGUCUUAAGUCUCAAACAAUGUAUACAGCUAGGUAUUAAUCCUAAAAAACUGGUGGGACAUAUACCGACAGAAGUCACAAUUAAAGUAGAUCCCAAAGUGGCACCGAUAGUAUUACCAGCGCGAAGAAUUCCAUACGCAUUACGACCCCAUGUAAAGGCAGAGUUAGAUAGAAUGCAAAAAAUGGGUAUUAUUGAACCAAUUACCGAACCUACGGAUUGGGUUAGUCAGAUGGUUAUAGUAAGUAAAAAAGAUGGAGAUUUGAGAAUUUGUCUGAACCUUCAACCGUUAAAUAAAGCUAUUAAGAGGGAACAUUAUAUGUUUCCUACUAUGGACGAAAUUGCAGCUAAACUGGUGGGAGCUAAAUAUUUUUGUAAGUUAGAUGCACAAUCGGGAUUUUGGAUGAUACCACUUGAUAAGAAUAGUUCUAAAUUAUGUACGUUUCAAACAGCUUGGGGAAGAUAUGCUUUUAAGAGGCUACCUUUUGGAUUAAAUUGUGCUCCAGAAAUUUUUCAUAGAAUUAUUUCACAAACUUUUGAAAAUAUUGAGAAGGUGGUUUCCUUUCAGGAUGAUAUUCUACUGUGGGCAAGUACAAAAAAAGAACUGCAUAGUGUUCUAAUUAAAGUAUUACAAGCAGCCAGAGCACAAGGCAUAAAGUUUAAUCCAAAAAAGUGUAUUUUCGGUACAGAAACAAUUAGUUUUUUAGGUCAUAAAUUUUGUCAUAAAGGAAUGUCGGUGAGUCAAGAAAAGAUCAAAGCAAUUAAAGAAAUAAAAGAUCCCACAAAUAAACAAUCACUUCAAAGAGCCCUGGGAAUGUUUAAUUAUAUGUCAAAAUUUAUUCCAAAUUACUCAGCAAUUUGUGCCCCUUUAAGAGAUUUGUUAAAAAUAGAUAACGAAUUUGUAUGGACUGAUAGUCAAAGGAAGGCAUUUCAGUUAUUAAAAAAACUAAUUACUCAAGCCCCAGUGUUAGGAUACUAUGAUCCUAAUAAAAAGUUAACGUUAAGUGUAGAUGCAAGUUCGAUAGGAUUGGGGGCUACAUUAAUUCAAGAGGGUCAGCCUAUUGCAUAUGCAUCACGAGCAUUAACCGAAGUACAAACAAGAUAUUCACAAAUAGAAAAGGAAUUAUUGGCAAUAUGCUUUGGGGUUGAGAGAUUCAGACAAUAUAUCUGGGGACGAGAUGCAGUACUAGUGGAAACAGAUCACAAACCUUUAGUAGGAAUUUUCAAUAAGCCAUUAUACAAAGUUCCAACGCGAUUACAAAGAAUGAUGUUGAGACUUCAACCGUUUCGUCUGACCAUUAAACAUGUUCCAGGCAAAUAUAUGUACAUUGCGGAUGCAUUGUCCAGAGAUUUUUCAAGAACUAGUUGUGAUAGUAGUGAUAGUCAAAAGGACUUUGAUGAAGACAUAGAAAAGCAAAUAGCAAUGCUAAUUGAAAAUAUACCGGUAACAAAGGAUAAUUGGAAACUAAUUUCACAAGGUUAUCUAGAGGAUUCGUUAUUAACAAAAGUAAAACAAUACAUUUUGAAAGGAUGGCCUACAAAUUAUAAAGAGAUUGAGGAGAAGGUGAAACCGUUUUUUGAAUUCAAAGAGGAGUUAGUGGUCAUUAAAGAAAUAAUCUUUAGAGGGGAUAGGAUUUUAAUUCCAACAGCCUUAAAAAAAUACAUGCUGACUAAGCUGCACACAGGUCAUCCUGGCAUAAAUAGAAUGAUCAAAAGAGCUGAAAUGACGAUGUAUUGGAAAGGAAUAAAUCAGGACAUAAAAAAAUAUGUGAAGUCGUGCAAAAGUUGUCAGAAAUUUCAAAAUGGUCAAAUUAAACAGAUAAUGAGAUACAAAAAGGUUCCAAAGCUGCCAUGGGCAGAGGUAGGCUGUGAUAUAUUUGAGUUAAAUCAGAAAUACUAUAUAGUAGUAGUGGACUCAUUAUCAAAUUUUAUUGAGGUAGUAUCAUUAAGUGAUUUGAAAAGUGCUACAGUCAUUGAGAAAUUAAAGACAAUUUUUGCUAGACAUGGCAUACCGUUGAUACUAUACACGGAUGGAGCGUUAUGCUUUGAUUCUGAACUGUUUAAACGAUUUACAAAAAAUUGGAGUUUUACCCAUAUUAUGUCUAGUCCUCAUUAUCCAAAAUCUAAUGGAUUAGCAGAAAGUGCGGUUAAAUCAAUAAAGAAACUAUUUAAAAAAGCAUUCGAUGCUGGAGAGGAUCCUUAUUUGGCUCUGUUAAAUUUAAGAAAUACGCCUCGCGAUAAAGUCCAUUCUCCUGCUUCGCUUCUAAUGGGUAGAAAUUUACGAACCAACAUCCCGUGCUCAUUCAAAAUGUUAAUUCCUAAAAUAACGUAUAAGAAGGAUCAAAUAAUAUUAGAGCAAAAUAAAAUGUUAUCAAAGUAUUAUGACAAAACAGCUAGAAAAGAGACUAAGUUCAAAGUUGGAGAACUAAUAUUAUUUCAAAAAAUGCCCAAAGCAACAUGGACUCCAGGAACAGUCCAAGCAAUUGGAUCCACUCCAAGAUCAUAUGUAGUUCAAG